AGAUAAUUUAUGAAAUUGAUAGCACGUGACUGUGCGGUGCGGAUUUCUACAGAUGGGUUGAGUUGGUUGAGAGUAGAUAAAGUACAAAUAAAUGAAUCGACGAAUGAAUGGUUAGUAAUGAGAUCGUUCUUUUGUAUUAUUGCUCUUAUUUGAAAGCUGAGAGCACAACAACUACUCUACUCUCGUUCGUUUGGCACGUGAAAAGUCGAAAAUGAACAGGUAGAGUUGAAAACGGGGUUUAAAUUAUACUGAUUCCAUUUCAUGCAGAUGGAAGGCGAAAAGUCCUCCUCUUUUUUGGUACAUCAUUCUUUGACAAAGGUUGUUCCAGAAUAGAGCGAUCCAUUAGCCUUUGAAAUGAUCUUGUCCGAUGUUUUUGAAAACUUGGUGGAGGUCGAUGAGAGUAAAGAAUCCGUCAGUCGAGAUGUCGACCAUGACGAUGACCACGAUAGGGCAGUUUUAGGCUCACUUCAUGAACAGAUAUUGAGGAAUGAUAAGCGUAGUCAAAGUGUCAAUGAUGUAACACAGCAGCAACAGCCACCAUCGCUCCAAGCAUCUUUAUCUUCUUCUGCUCUCUCUGAUGCAGUCUUCAUGACGCACCAUGAUACAAGCAGCAGACAGAAGAGCCAACAUAAGAGUUGUAUCUCAAGGCGGUCAGCUUUCUCGUUCAUUGAUCAAGCACAACAGGAGCCAGCGGAUCAGCGACCAUUACCAGCAGAAAGACAUCGACGGUUCACUUCGAUGGUUGUGCCAAAGUUUUCGUCGUCUUUUAUCAUGGAAGAUAUGUUUCGAGAAGAUGAGGGUGAAGGCACUUCUGACAACAGUAGUCAAAGUAGUAGUCAAGCGAGCAAAAGAAAAGGAAACAACAACCGACCUUUCCUGUCGGCAUUUGAGUUUAUGAAGAAUGAAAGUCAACGAAAAGUGGGAAACCAUGUAUUGAAGAACAAGUUGAUGCCAAGCAUCACCACAGCAAGCAAUAGUAGUGGUAGUGGUAGUAGUAGUAGUAGAAGCAGCCAUUGGAGUCAUAGCACGGGCGCUUUGAGUGAUAUAAAGUUGGAUCAGAUGGUCCAUCAGCCCACGUUUAGUUUUAUUGAACAAGGCAGAUCCACGAGUAGCUCACUUUUACAACCAUGUUUCCAAGAGAUAGAUAGUAGCAGCGAUGACAGCGAUGAUGUUGACGGUUCAAAAGAAAGACAAGAAGAGUCAGUAGGGAAAAAAGUCGUCCAAUCUAUGCUACAGUCAGAUUGCGAAAUGCAACUUUUACAUCACACAGCUCGCUGGGAAAAAUUCCAAGAAAAGAAAACGAAGCGAUUGGAUUCCUUGAGGAAAUUAUGUAAAAGAGGAGAGCAGACGCAGAAAACGAUCGAUGAGAUGAGCGAAAAGUUACAUCGACUUGAAGCACAGCAAAGUGAAGCUGUAGCGAAGGAAGAUUUCGAAGCGGCCGAGAUAUACCGUCAACAACAAGAAUCCUUGCAAAACAGCAUGUGCGAACUGAACGUUUAUUUGACAAGGACGAUCCAUGUCAAGUUAAAAAAGGAGCGUGAACGCCUUCAGCAAUUGCUGAUGCAAGAAGAGGAAGGGUUCCUUCAACCCCUCCUCCGUUGCUGUGAGACGGCCCAACAGACACGCACACGGCAUCUGCAGCAGUUUAUUCAAGACACAGAUCGCUUAAAAGCAUCAGCGAUGGAAGCAGUGAAAGCCAAGCAAACGGCGCUCGAAUCGGAGAAAUCAGAACUUGCGUUGGAUAUUCAGCUACUGCAUGAAAACGAACGCGAUCUGGAGGGUUUGAUUGCUGAAGCGACGCAUGAGGCUGAACAGGAAAAACAGGGGCUGGUACAAGAAGUAGAGCAAUUGCAAGAGGAAAUGGAUGCUUUGAAACGACAAUGGCAGCAGCUCGAAGCGGAAAAAGCAAAGAAAGAGAGAGAAAUACAGACAUGGACGUUGGCGAUAGAGAAAACAAAAAAUGAGUUUAAAGAAGAAGCGGAAGGCUUGAACAAUGAAAGAAGCGAUGUGGAAGAACGACGAUUGGCCCUUGAGAAAAAGGAAGAAGAGCUGAAGGAGGAAGAGGAGAAAGUGAAUAGAACAUGGACAAGAUGGAUAAAGGAGAAGCAGGUAAUGGAAAACGAUGUACAAUGGACGGUAGAUAAGAUACGCGAGCUAGAAGAGACGAAUAGGAGAGACAAACGGAUGGCUGCCGAUAUGGAGCUUUUGUCAUUGAAACUUGAGCAGCUAGAAUCGCGGGAGCAGAUGAGAGAGGAAGCCAACGCUAAAGAUAUAAAAAGAUUAGAGGAAAAGAUGAUGGAGUUGAGACAAUGUAUUCACAAGCGAACCUCCGAACUGCAGCAGAAAGAGGAAUCCUGCCUUCAACUUAUGGAAGCCAUAGGACAGCUCGGACAACAGAUCCAACGAUUGACAAAAUAUAAGGAGAGAGCCGUUCGACGUGAGCAAUUUACAAACGCGUCGAAAUAUAUGCUACAGAUCGAAACUUGCCAAGGCUUUCUCAAAGAAAAAGAAGCCGCUCUAGCCAAAGAAGAAGAGGGGCGUUUAGAAAAUGAUAGCCAUGGGGAGGAUGAAAGUGAUAAAGAAAAGGAACUUGAAUGUUGGAAAGAUGAAUUAAGUAAGCUUGAAAAAGAGUACGAAAGCAUAAAGGAAGAACAAGCGUCCAUGGCAAAGAAAGGUAGACAACAGUUGACGAAAGAGUUAUUCAUGACACCCAACCAUGGUGUAGAUUGGGUACCCAGUGAGUUUGCUACGCAAUAUCCUUCUAAAGCUCCGAUUUGGGGAGACUACUUGGUUUCUUUUGAUGUUCAUAAUCGUACAAAGUUUUAGUAGGAUGAAUAUAGAAUCGAUCUCGUCUUUGAAAAAAGAUGGUCUUACCUAAACAGGCCUCUGAUAACACAUGGUGCACAUAAAACGCGUCUCUGCGCGUCUCUGAGAGUGGGUGAGGAAGGGAGGGAGGGAGUGAGUGCUUGUCUUUUCC